AUGCCACUGCUACUAAUCUUGUGGAUGGUAAUCAUCCCGGAUCAUAUUUUAUUCGUCAAAUGCGAUUCCAUUAAAGGUCCUAAUUUUGCUGCGCCAGCAGUAUAUGUUUUAGGUGAUUCCUUGGUUGAUAGCGGCAACAACAAUGCUUUGCCAACUCUUGCUAAAGCAAAUUUUUUGCCUUAUGGUUCCAAUUUUCCUACGGGACCUACGGGAAGAUUCACUAAUGGAAAAACCGUUGCGGACUUCGUAGCUGAAUUCCUGGGGUUGCCAUUGAUUCCACCAUAUUUGAGUUUAAGAGGUUUUGCACAAGCAAAUCAACCAGGGUUGAAUUAUGCUUCAGGGUCAUGUGGCAUUCUUCCUGAGACCGGCAAGUACAUUGGCCAGUGCUUGAGUUUUGGAGAGCAAGUUGAUUUGCUUCAGCUAACAAUUGAAUUGGAGUUGCCCAGGCUUUAUGAGACCAAAGAAAAGCUUGCAACUUACCUGUCAAGAUCACUAUUUGCGGUUUCUAUAGGAAGCAAUGACUACAUCAACAAUUAUCUUCAACCAAUAUAUGACACCAGGACACGAUUUUCUCCUCAAUCUUUUGCCAAACAUCUCGUCGAUACCCUCUCCCUACAGCUUCAGAGGCUAUAUCGAUUGGGAGCUAGAAAAAUAUUUGCGUUUGAAAUUGGACCCAUUGGGUGUAUUCCAUCGAUUGCGAGGAAUAUCAAACAUAGUGGACAAUGCGUAGAAGACAUUAACGGGUGGGUAUUACUGUUCAACGACCAGCUGAGUUCGCUGCUGAAGAACCUGAGCUCCCAGCUCCCAGGCUCUAAUUUCACUCUUGGUCGGAUUCAUGGCCUUGCUUAUGAUAUUGCUAAAAACCCUUCAGCAUACGGUUUGCGAGAUACAAGCAAUCCGUGCUGCACUACGUGGGCGAACGGGACCUCGGCAUGCAUUCUUGGCCUACCACCGUGCCCGGACCCAAACAAACACUACUUCUGGGAUGGUUUUCACCUCACUGAAGCAGUGUAUAAGGUUGUUGCGGAAAGCUGUAUCUGGAACUCUUCUAUAUGCAGUCCCAAUAGUAUUAAAGAGCUGGUAACAGUCUGA